AUGUUGAAGGCGGCGCUGGAACAGGAAAACAGGAAGGCGACGGCAGCUUCGUCCACAUCCUCCACCACAUCUGCCUCCGCCUCGGCGCCGUCUGUGGACAAUCGCGCAGCAGCGGCACCGCAGGCGAAUGAAGGCGGCCACGGGGGUUCCAUCCUGCAGCGAGAUUUGACGAGGCGCGAGUCGUUCAUUGCCAACAACGUGCACGUACUCAAGCCCACCUUCCAGAUCAAAGGUCUGCACACCAUCAUCAGGGACAAGAACACGAAGCGAGAGGAUUUCAUCUUCUACUCCGACCGCCUCAUUCGACUCCUCAUCGAAGAAGGCCUCAGCUACCUCCCCUUCCGCGAGAAGACCGUGACGACGCCCACCGGAGCUCAGUACAAGGGAGUGGAAUGGGCGGGCUCCAUCUGCGGCGUCUCCAUCGUGCGAGCCGGCGAGAGCAUGGAGGCCGGUCUGCGAGCGGUGGCCAAGUCGGUGCGAAUCGGAAAGAUCCUCAUCCAGCGCGACGAGAAGACGGCCCAGGCCAAGUUGUUCUAUGUGAAGCUGCCCGAGGACAUCGCCGAGCGAUACGUGCUCCUGCUCGACCCCAUGCUCGCCACCGGAGGCACCGCGAUCAAGGCGAUUGAGGCGCUGCUCCAGCACGGCGUGAAGGAGGAGAAGAUCCUCUUCCUCAACCUCAUCGCCGCCCCCGAGGGCAUCAAGGUGAUCACGCAGGCGUUCCCGCGAGUCCACAUCGUCACCACCGAGAUCGACGAGAAGCUCAACGACGUCAAGUUCAUCGUGCCCGGCAUUGGCGACUUUGGCGAUCGCUACUUUGGGACGGACAACUGA